CUUGAAACGAUUUUGAUGGACUAUGAGAGCUAUUAUUUUGUAAAAUUUCAGAAGUACCCUAAAAUCAUCAAAAAGGCGUCAGAUCCAGCAGAAAAUAAUUUAUCACCAAGAAGUGGAGGGAAGGCCAGAAGGGCUAUGAAUGACUCCUAUCAAAACCUUCCCAAGAUCAACCAGCAGCGACCUGGGUCCAAGCCCGUGACGGGGAAGGCGGGGGACCCUAAACGCCCCCAAAAGGAGCAUCCGAAAGAGGAGGGUGUCAACAACACGCCAGUGGAGAGUGCAGACUUCGGCUUGUCUGUGUCAGGAAUCAGCAAGGGUGCCCGUGAGGAAACUAGCCGAGGACACAGGGGACAAAUCAUUGACUUCAGGGCGCUGCUCACAGACGCCAUCAAAGGAGCAAGCAGUGAACUUGACCUGAACAGCUUCAACUAUAACCCUGACCCCUCGGAGCGGCUGCUGAAGCCUCUGAGUGCAUUUAUUGGCAUGAACAGUGAGAUGCGAGAACUGGCAGCCGUGGUGAGCCGGGACAUUUAUCUCCAUAAUCCAAACAUAAAGUGGAAUGACAUUAUUGGACUCAGUGCCGCCAAGCAGUUAGUCAAAGAAGCCGUUGUGUAUCCUAUAAGGUACCCCCAGCUCUUCACAGGGAUUCUCUACCCUUGGAAAGGACUGCUGCUCUACGGCCCUCCAGGUACAGGAAAGACUCUACUGGCCAAAGCAGUGGCCACCGAGUGCAAGACCACCUUCUUUAACAUUUCUGCCUCCACCAUUGUCAGCAAGUGGAGAGGGGACUCAGAAAAACUUGUUCGGGUGUUAUUUGAACUCGCCCGCUACCAUGCCCCCUCCACCAUCUUCCUGGACGAGCUGGAGUCGGUGAUGAGCCAGAGGGGCACCGCUCCCGGGGGCGAGCAUGAAGGGAGCCUGCGGAUGAAGACUGAGCUGCUGGUGCAGAUGGACGGGCUGGCUCGCUCGGAAGACCUGGUGUUUGUCUUGGCAGCCUCCAACCUGCCAUGGGAGCUGGACUGUGCCAUGUUGCGCCGGCUGGAGAAGCGGAUCCUGGUGGACCUGCCCAGCCCUGAGGCCCGGCAGGCCAUGAUCCAUCACUGGCUGCCGCCCGUCAGCAACGGCAGUGCCCUGGAGCUGCGCACUGAGCUCGACUACGACCUGCUGGCCCGGGAGACUGAGGGCUACUCAGGCUCAGACAUUAAGCUAGUCUGCAGGGAGGCAGCCAUGCGCCCCGUGCGGAAGAUCUUCGACGCCCUGGAAAAUCAGCAAUCAGAGAGCAGCCAUUUGCUUGGGAUCCGGCUGGACACAGUGACCACUGCCGACUUCUUGGACGUGCUGGCCCAUAGCAAGCCUUCAGCAAAGAAUCUGAUUCAGAAGUACCUCGCCUGGCAAAAAGAGUUUGAGUCCGUGUAAUAUUGUCGCAGCCCC